AGCAUUUACUUCUUCUGUUCUCCAUUGUUUUACUUUCCUCAUUAUUAAUUCUCCCCUUCUAGAAAUUUCCAAGUUCUUCUUCAAAACCCUCACAUCCCAUUCGAUCAAAAGAACCCAAAUCUUUAUCAUCCACCAUGGGAGGAGGAAAUGCCCAAAAAUCCAAGAUGGCUCGUGAGAAGAACUUGGAAAAGCAAAAGGCUGCCGCCAAAGGAAGCCAGCUUGAUUCUAACAAGAAGGCCAUGACCAUCCAGUGCAAGGUGUGCAUGCAAACAUUCAUCUGUACUACAACAGAAGUGAAAUGCCGGGAGCAUGCCGAGGCGAAGCAUCCUAAAUCCGACCUAUACACAUGUUUUCCUCACCUUAAAAAGUAGCACACUGGGGAAGUGUAGAUGGCUUGUAGCAUGCAUCUAUCUUGUCCCAUUGGUACUGUAUGAGUAACUUCUUAAAAUCUCUCUCACAAAAGCCCUAUAAGCUCUCACUUGGUGAUUUCAAUGAUGCAAUUGUCAUGUCGUGUUCUGUCUCGAUACUUGCUUGUUGCUUGAUUUUGAUAUGAUUAAUGUGGUAAAGCUUGUGGUGUUA